AUGGCACGGGAAGCCUAUUCAGGAGUCAUGGCUCAGUUUGGUCACCGUAUACUUCCUAGACACCAUCCUUAUACUCAAUUCGUCAGUCGUGUAGCCAAACGGUUAAUCCGUGUUUCUGGUAUGGAUAAUGUUGCUUGGGAAUUCUAUGUCAUUGACUCUCCUGAACAAAAUGCCUUUGUAUUACCUGGCGGUAAGGUGUUUGUAUUCACUGGUAUACUUCCUGUAGUAGAGAAUGAAGAUGGUAUGGCGGCAGUUCUAGGACAUGAAAUCUCUCAUCAAGUAGCUCGACAUAGUUCAGAACGCUUCAGUUUUGAAAAGGUACUCCUGGCGAUACAAUUUGGUCUAUUAUUCUUUGGUAUUGAUCCUCGACUCUUCUUCAACCAUUUGACCAUGAACCUAAUGAUGUUGAAACCAUUCUCUAGAAAAUGUGAAAGAGAAGCUGAUACUAUGGGAUUGGAAUUGAUGGCUCAGGCAUGUUUUGAUCCUACACAAGCUGUCAAUGUCUGGCGUCGAAUGGAAGCUUCCGGUACUGCUCGUGGAAUCCCUGAGUUUGCAAGUACUCAUCCAAGUCAUAAAAACCGUAUUUCCUAUUUACAAGAAAAGGUUAGAUAA